ACUGGGAAGACAUGGAGCGCUAUGGACACAGUCUACACGAAUCCAGUAGGAAUCUCCACUAAACACAUGAAUAUUUCUCCAGCGAGGGAACCCACGAUUUGAGAGAGUUCGAGGAGAGAUCGGGCGGCCCGGUUGAGGAUGGAGUGUGCAUUUGACGCACAGAAUCUGAUCUCCAUUUCACUGAGGAAAAUCCAAAGCUCCAGGACGCAGAGAGGAGGCAUCAAGCUCCACAAGAACUUGCUGGUAACCUACGUUCUGAGAAACGCCAGGCAGUUUUACAUGAGCAAAAACUUGUCGCAGACGCAGAGGACGCAUCACUAUGAGGACGUGGCCGCAGUCCGUGACAGGCAAGAAUACCUCGAAUUGACCGGGAGCUUUACGGAGUUGGCCGAUGACUUCUACUGCAACUUUACUGGGGUUGAGUCGGACACUUGGCACUGCGGAGCGCACCAGCCCGGCGGCCAGCCUGCAGAGGUGGCGCACCAAGACGCAUCAGCGUGCGCAAUGGUUCCACCGAAUGACUCUGAGCUCAUGGUUUCUGAAGCCUGUUGGAGUUGCGCGGACAAAUCAUCCUGGGACUUACCUGUCCCCAACACACAGGCCAACCAGAAGACUGUGCUGGACCUGGACACGCAUGUGGUGACUACUGUCACGAAUGGAUACUUCCACUCAGACUGUUGCGCGCAGCCAAAACAGCCGCAGGGCGCGCACUGCUACACCAAGAAGCGAAAGAUGGACACAAGUUAUCAUAUUGUUGAUCCAGAGUUUUAUUUACCCGACUUUGGGCCGGUGCCAUGUAAGAGGAUGAGGACUGACGAUGACUCUUAUUCAGACUCGGACAGCACGAACAUCUCCAACCUGAUCUCAGUGCUGGGCUCAGGUGGACUCUCUGACUUUGUGAGUUGGCAGCAGACGGACCUUGAGCAAAUAUUCGCCGCGCAAACAAUCUGUAUAAAACACACACUGUUGACAGGCAGCGGCUGGACCAGAGCAAUCGAGGCGUUUUGAUUUGUAUGACUGAUUUUUCUUUGUAUCGCUUUAUUUUAUUGCUUUCAAAUAAACCAUGACACGACUGCAA